GCGCCCGGCACAGUCGGGAACCUGCGUCCGCAGCCGCUGGCCGCGCGGCCGGAUGAGGGGGACGAUGGAGCUGGAACCCGAGCUGCUGCUGCAGGAGGCCCGCGAGAAUGUGGAGGCGGCGCAGAGCUACCGGCGGGAGCUGGGGCACCGGCUGCAGGGGCUGCGCGAGGCGCAGAGGCAGAUCAGAGAGAGUGCAUCACAGACGAGGGGUGUCCUCAGACAACAUUUUAAUGACUUAAAGGGAACCCUUGGGAAGCUCCUGGAUGAGCGACUGGCGACCCUGUUGCAAGAGGUGGAUGCCAUUGAACAGGAGACCAUUAAACCCCUGGACGACUGCCAGAAACUCAUUGAGCAAGGAGUUACCACUGCGGAGGACUUGGUCCGAGAAGGUGAGGUUGCCAUUCUUGGUGGUAUAGGAGAGCAGAAUGAGAAACUGUGGAGUUUUACCAAAAAGGCUGCACACAUCCAGCUGGACAGCUUGCCAGAAGUGCCUUCACUGGUUGAUGUACCUUGUUUAUCUGCUCAGUUGGAUGACUCAAUUCUUAACAUAGUGAAAGACCACAUUUUUAAGCAUGGAACAGUAGCAUCUCGCCCACCAGUACAGAUAGAAGAACUAAUAGAGAAACCUGGAGGCAUCAUAGUCCGCUGGUGUAAGGUGGACGAUGACUUCACAGCCCAAGAUUACAGGCUUCAGUUCCGUAAAUGUACUUCGAAUCAUUUUGAGGACGUGUAUGUUGGUUCUGAAACGGAAUUCAUUGUACUGCACAUAGACCCCAAUGUGGAUUACCAGUUCAGGGUCUGCGCCCGAGGAGACGGCCGACAGGAGUGGAGCCCUUGGAGUGUCCCCCAGACGGGCCAUUCUACCCUAGUGCCUCAUGAGUGGACAACUGGCUUUGAGGGGUACAGUCUGAGCAGUCGAAGGAAUAUAGCCCUCCGGAAUGACUCUGAAUCCUCGGGGGUCCUCUACUCCAGCGCACCGACUUAUUUCUGUGGGCAGACGUUAACAUUCAGAGUUGAAACUGUGGGCCAGCCGGACAGAAGAGACAGCAUAGGAGUGUGUGCCGAGAAGCAGAACGGCUGUGACUCUCUGCAGCGCGACCAAGCUGUGUGCGUCAGUACAAACGGUGCAGUGUUUGUAAAUGGGAAAGAAAUGACGAAUCAGCUGCCUGCAGUUACUUCUGGGUCCACUGUCACGUUUGACAUCGAAGCUGUGACUCUAGGAACUACGAGCGCUAAUGAAGGCGGCAACUUCAAGCUUCGAGUAACCAUCAGCUCUAAUAACAGAGAAGUAGUUUUUGAUUGGUUGCUUGAUCAGUGCUGUGGCUCUCUGUACUUCGGAUGCUCAUUUUUCUAUCCUGGGUGGAAAGUGUUAGUGUUCUAGGUUUUUGGAUGCUUGGCUUAGGUUUGCAGCAUUAACUGUAGCUGUCCUCACUUUAGCUUAGCUGUGAUGGAUUAAAUAUAUAUAUAUAUAUAUAGUUUAAUUCAUCUCUGAGGCCUUUGGAAAUGGAAUGUGUUUACUGGAGUCAUUUUAUAAUAUUUUGGCAAUAAGGGACUUGAUUGUUGACAAAACCAUAAUUCAGUCACUUUUGCUUUUGGCAUUCUGCUAACGGAAGUAUUACAUCACAGAAAAAAACAGGUUGACUUUUAAAGUAUGACAAGGUACAGAAAGUCUAUGCCCUACCACUAUAUUUCUUCCUAAAGCUGGUUAUUAGAAAAUUUUAGUGUAACAUUAAAUCUCCAUCAAAGUCCAUAUUAAGCUUUAAAAUAAAACAACAGGAAUGGGCCAGGCAGAAGCCAUAGUUCUGUAGCAUCCGUGCAGCCCUCCGCGAGAGCGUGUUGGCUCUGUGUGCUGGCCUCAGGUUUUUGUAAGCAUGAAUUCUGUACCAUGUUCAGUCAUCCUUAACUCCCAAAAGCAACAGAUUAUUUUUUUUUUUAAAUGCUUGAGCACACGUCUGUGAUUGGCAGGUAUUAUCUUUAGUUAUUUCCUUACAUUUAGAUUCAAGGUGGGCUCAAGGAUUUUUCCAGGGUAUAACUACUUGUGGAGGUGGCGUGCACAGCAUUGUUAGCCAUGUCACACAGGGAUGUGUGUGUGGGGCCGCCCGGCCUCAGUGACGCACAUGUUGCUAUUUGUAGGUCUGCGCCGCAGUCCAGGUUAGGGUCAUUUUGAUAAAUGGUCUUUUAGUGGACCCAAGGAAAAAAAAAAAGAAAAGAAAAACCAAAUAGGGAAAGUACGUAACCUAUUUUUUUUAAAACUUAAGAUUUGUGUAAAAUAUUUAUUUGAAGGUGUUAAGAUGUAAAAAUAAUGAUGUUAACUUGCUUUGUCAGCCUACAGAUUUUUUAAUGUGAAUUUUUUUUUUCAUUUUUACCGAUAGGAAAGUGGGAAACAGGUUUGAUAUUUUUGUAAGAUAAUUUAUUUGGGGAAUCACGUUCCCUGUUAGACAAUCAUGAUCUUUUCUCCUUGUCUUUUUAUAUAUAAGUGAGUAACCUUUCACACUUGUUUACUGAUUGUUAAGAAAGUGAGAAUAUGGAUGCCUUGUUCAGUUGUCUGAAACAGAAUAAAAAGCUAAAAGUUAA